UGGUUGCGUUGCGUUGUGUGUUGAGUGUUUUGUGUGUUAUGUAAUUCUUAUCGUCUACCGGGAUUGUUUCGGUCGUUUCCGACACGCUUCUUGCUUCUCACUCUCUUUCUCUCACUCUCUCUCCAGGUGUUUUCGUCGCCGAUCGAUGUCGAUGCGGUGGGAGAGAUUGCGGCCAUGGCCGCGAGGGGACUCGUCACCCGGCCCAUCGUCAACGACGGACAGCCGCGGAAGCAGGACUUUUUUGACACCUCCGGGCAGCCGAUCGAGUACGAAAACGUUCUCUUUCUGGACGGGACCCACGCCAUCGAGGCCGCGAUCGAUCACCUAAGGGUCUCCCGCGGGCCGCAAAGGCGGGAAAUCCGCGAGAGGAACGGCGAGAACCCAUCGCUGGCAAAAGCGCUGCCCCGGUGGGAAGGAGCGCUGGUCGGGAAACGGCCGUAUCUGUUCCCGGUUCCCGUUGUGGCUUUCUUUGCGUCGUUCUUCUGGGCCGUGGUCACGGAACAAUUCGUGCAACCCCCRGCGUAACACUUAAAAAAGGGAUGGAUUCAUUUGAGUUGUACUUGCACUUGUCGUAGAACCGAGACCGGUGUGGAGCAAUAAUAAUGUGAUGCUCUG